CCCCCAAAUUCCUGGUUCGCCAACAUUAUUGCUUGGGGGGCGGGAGAGAAAUGGAUUAUUCUUAUUUUUUUUUUCUCUUUUAUCUAUUUGCUCGCACCUCUCUCCCAGCCACCCGGAAUGAAUUUGAUCACACGGUCCGCCAUGGUGAAAGUCGGUCUUGCUCGCUAGAGAGCUUUGCGUGUAGAUCGAUGGGGCCACAAUUGAUGAAAAAGGAUCAGGUAGGUCGUUUUUCUCUUGUCCUUAAGGUGAGAUUGCUGCUUAGUGUGCUGGUGCUACCGGGUGCACGGGAAUUGUGAUGAAUCCCAAGGCAAUGAAGAGAAAUAAUUGGAGAACAUCGUCAAUGGUCAAGUGAGCCAUCUGCACUCGGUCUGCAUUGAGGACACCUUCUCGGUACCCUUGCAGUUCACGGAGAAGGGGAUGGGGGGAGGGAACGCAACGUUGCAAGUACAGUAACUCAUGGAUGAACGAGGCAAUGCCCAGUCUGAUUGAUCUAGACUGGGAAGCUAAGCUAUUACUGUUCUGGAUCGCUGGUCCUGCAGCCCGUGCAAAAGGUACGGCAGACUGAUGAGUCCAGUGUCC